GUUAUGGAGACUGGAAUUCCGGGACAAACAGAGGCAAGUUAUGAGGGAUACAGUUACAGCUACGGCUACAGCCAGGAUAACUCUGGGAAUUAUGGCUAUGGAAUGGCCACGUCGAACUCCUGGGAAAUGGCCAACUCGGACGUGGACAUGAACCCGGAUGGCUCCAGCGGUGCCGAGGGCGUCCUCGGGAAGAUGAACCAGCGCUUGGACAUGGUGUCCCACAUGGAUACAGACACGAUGCAGGGAGGACACUAUGGAUCUGGGGACAGGUACGACUCCUUCGACUCCUACGACUCGAGGUCCUCCGCGAACGACCGCGACAUGUAUCGACCCGGCUACGAGUACGGCGAAGCCGAGCACGACCCCGACGGCUCCUACGAGGGUCCUUACGACAACUUCUACGGGAAUCGCCGGGAUCAGUUCCAGAGCAGAGCUCGGGAUAACUUUGGGCAGCGGGGCCAGAACUGGGGGCGGGACAACCGCAACAACAGGCCCUUGGCAUCGGCGUAUCCCGGGCGGAUGAGCGGACAGUGGAAUGACGCUCCGCAGUCGAUGGGAUCCCGGGGGCCCCACGGUUCCUCCAGGCUUCCUUCCCUCUUCUCCCACAACAUUAUCCCAGAACUCAGCAUGUUCCAAGGGAUGCGAGGCUUCCCGGGGAACAUGCGCUACGGAGGAGGGAUGAUGAAGCAGCGGAUGAGGAGGAACUGGAAAAUGUGGGAUUCGGAUUUUAAACCCCAGAAGAAGAAGCUCAAGAAGGAUCCCAGCGUGAAGAAGAGGAAGCUCACGAACAGCUCCGAUGAUCCCGACAACAAAGCGGCCAAGACGGACGGCUCCGAGAACUCCGACUCGGACAACGAGGAGGGAACAGAAGGAGAAUCAGGAGAGAAAGAGGAGAAGGAGGGCUCCAGAGGGGAAGGGGAGGAUGAAGAAGGAAAAGAUCCAGAGAAAGGUGCUCUCACAAUCCAGGAGGAGAUCAGUCAGAUCAAGCGCAGGCUGCAGGCGGGCAAGAGGACUCCAGAGAGGCAGAAGAAGAGGCACCGGGAUCGCAUGGUGGAAAGGAUCCAGUUUGUUUGUUCACUGUGCAAAUACCGGACCUUCUAUGACGAUGAGAUGAGCAGUCACCUGGAGAGCAAAUUCCAUAAGGAACACUUCAAGUUUGUUGGAACCAAGUUGCCUCAACAAACAGCUGAUUUCCUCCAGGAAUAUGUUGCCAAUAAAACCAGGAAAACUGAGGAGCGCCGUAAAGCGAUUGAAGACAUUAACGCCGUCAUUCAGCAGAUAUACAGGGACCAGGAUCUUACACAAGACGUUGGCAUGGAGCAUUUCAUCAAGAAGGUGGAGGCAGCUCAUUGUGCUGCCUGUGACCUCUUCAUCCCCAUGCAGUACGGCAUCAUCCAGAAGCACCUCAAGUCACUUGACCACAACCACAACCGCAGGGCCAUGAUGGAGCAAUCCAAGAAAUCCUCGCUCGUGGUUGCAAGGAGUAUUCUCAACAACAAGCUCAUCAGUAAGAAACUGGAGCGGUACCUCAAGGGUGAGAAUCCUUUCACGGAUGACCCAGAAGAGAAAGAGGAGCAUGAGGAAGGAGAAGGAGGAGCCAGUGGAAAUGUAGAGGAAGGAACAGCAGAAGGAGCAGAUGAAAACAAGGAUGAGGAGGAAAAUGCAGAGGAGGAAAAUCCAGAAGAGGAAACCCCUGAAGAAAACGCAGAGGAAGAAAAUCUGGAAGAGGAGAAUCCAGAGGAGGAAAAUCCAGAGGAGGAAAACAAGGAUCCCAAGGAGAACCUGGAAGCAGAAGGUGCUGGGAAUGAGGGGGAGCGAGAAGAAACAGGGACAGAGACAACUGAGGCACAAGCACAACCAGAGGUGGAGCCAGCUGCCGGGAACAUGGAGGAGCAGAAUUCCCUGCCUCUGGAAGAAUCCCUCCCCGAGGAGGAAGAGCACCAGCCAGUAAAAGAGGAGGAGGAGGAGAGUGAGGAAGCUGCUGCAGCACAAGAGGAGGAAGAUGGGGAUUAA